GCCAGUUGGUAGCUCGCUGGUCUCCAACUGAUUGAUUGGUUCCUACCCUGCUUCUGCAACUACAGCUCAAUCAAGCACAUACGCAUAUUGGUCUCGCAUCGGGGACUCAUGCCAACCCAAACGCUUACGGCAGAGCGUAGCAAUUACGGAAGAGCGCAAUCAAGGAGCUGCUAAGGCAGUGAUGCUUGGCAGAGCACGUCCGGCAUUACUGUCAUGAUGAACACCAAGCAAUGCUAUAGGUGAUCGCAUUGGCCCCAUCGCCCCAUCGCCCCAUCGCGACCAGGAGGCUCUCUUCACCAUGCCUUCCGCUUUCGACCAGCUCUCAGACCCGCCAAAGAAGGGCAAGGCGAUCAAGUCGGCCUUCGACAGUGACAGCUUCGAUGCCGACGGUACCAUUCACGUCAAUGGCCUCGUAGGCUCUGCAACCAUCUCGCCCUCGGGCCGGGAUGUAGCCCUUGCCUCCCCCGAGGGUCUUGCUAUCAUUGAUCUGGACUCUCCGUACAGUGCUCCUAGGAGACUGAGUAGCCAUGGGCUACCGUGGCUCGUUGUCGACGUCCAGUGGUCUCCAUUUGCGGCCAGGGACUACUGGGUUGCGUCGACUGCCAACCAUCGAUGCUUGGUUUGGAACCUAAACCUGCGGGAUGAUUCGCCCUCUGGUGCCAUCGAGCACUCCUUGAAAGGCCACAGCAGGGCCAUCACUGACAUCAACUUCUCUGCCCACCACCCUGACUUCCUCGCCACCUGUGCUGUGGAUGGCUACGUGCACUGCUGGGAUCUGCGCCGGCCCAGGCAGCCUGCCCUCACCUUUUGUGACUGGUUCGCGGGCGCAACCCAGGUAAAGUACAACCGCCAAGACGACCACAUUCUCGCCUCCUCUCAUGACCGUUGGUUGCACAUAUGGGACGACCGCAAGGCUGUCGAACCUCUGAAGACUAUAAGUGCCCACACGUCCAAGAUCUACGGACUAGACUGGAACCGCACGCGGGCCACGGGCGUCGUCACUUGCUCCUUGGACAAGAGCAUCAAGUUCUGGGAUUAUGGGAAAGAGGAUGACGUUGCGGAAAGAGUCAUCCGGACAGACUUUCCGGUCUGGCGAGCUCGCCAUACGCCCUUCGGCUGGGGCCUUCUCGCCAUGCCCCAGAAUGAGCCGGGUAAUCUAUAUCUCUACGACCGGCGUGCAUCUCCGGACGACCCCGUGGAUGGCCCUACUGACCCGGUUGCCACCUUCACCGGACACGGGAACCAUAAAGUAAAGGAGUUCUUGUGGCGGAGCCGAGGCGGUAUUACCGAGGACGGCAUGGACACUCGCGAUUUUCAACUGGUAUCCUGGGGCGAGGACAACGAAUUGAGGCUUCAAAAGAUGGAGCCAAGACUCCUCGAGUCCGUGGGGUUUUACAGAGGGCUUCCCGCGAGGAAGAACCUAAACAUCACCCGGAGGGGCGCCGUUUACAAGACCUUCCGAACGGUGGAUGACAGCGUCCACCGAGACCGGCGGAGCGCCACGAUGAGUGAUCCUCGUCCCGGAAGCGGUGGCGCAAUCGGUCGCCGAAGCGCACUCACCUUGAGCAUGCAUGCCCCUCACCAACGGGUUGGCCCAAACUGGAGAGGGCCUUCGAUGAAGGGCAAAAUGCCUUCGCACAAAGAUACCGACCGAAGCGAGCUCCAAAUCGGCUGGAUGAAGGGCAUCACACUUGCCAGGAGGAAGGCAAGCCCGGGCACCCCGGCCCGUUCUGGAUCCAAAGAUUCGACCAUGUUCGGCUCCAAUUAUCACGACAAUGAGUGGGCUGAGCCCGAGACGGUCCAGGAAGAAUUCGUCCGUAUCAGCAAUCAACUGCCGAAUGUGAAAUGGGAGAACAUCGACAUGGAUGCACUUACCCUGAGAGCCUCUUUGAAAGGACCCUGGGGUGCGGAUGGCGAGACAGUCUUCAUCAAGGUGAAGGUGGAUAUCCCAACCAGCUAUCCCAAGUCGAAGGCACCCAAGUUCAUGAUCGAGAAGACUCUGUUCGUUUCAGAGGAGACGCACGACAGGAUUGAGCGGGGGGUCAACCACAUUGCGAGCCAGUUCCUGAAGAGGAAUGAGAACUGUCUCGAGGUUGCCUUCUCAUACCUGCUCGGCGAGGUCGACCUCGAGACCAGCACGACGCUCUUCAAGAACGUACGGGACCUGGACGAUGACUUGGACGGCCUAGCGGCGGACGAGAGCUCCAGCGAGGAGGAUGACAAUGACAUUCCCCCGGGGGGGUCUGCCUCGAUGUCGCAAGAGCUUACAGCGAGCACCGAACUAGAUCCUGCAGCUACACUCGCGCCGACACAGCGUAUUAUAGUCCCGCCCCCUCCCAGGCUCUGCAGUGCGCGCUUUUCAAACGAUGGCAGGCUUGUAUGUGUCUUCCCGACCAAGGACCAGAAAGCCAAGGCGCUGUUCUCUCUUACGUCGACGGAUAAUUACCGAGACCACUCCAAAGGUGAACCAAACUUUGCGGGAUUCGGCCGCCUUACCCUGGAUUCCCCUCCGCCCAAGCCAAGAUACGCGAAUGACGAGACUUCCGCGACGGACGACCAGUCGGGCGAGUCGGACGAGUCGGACAGCUCAACCUCUUCGAGUGAUUCAGAGUUGACGGCUAAGCAUAGGAUAAGUCUGUGGUACCAGCCGGGUCUAAGAUUUCGAAAAACGUGGAGCACGAAUGAAUCCGCCCGGUCAAGUGGGGGAGGUACCGGCGCGGGGACAGGCACCGGGACCGGAACGAGCAGAAAACGGCCGGGGAAACCGAAGAACAUCUUGUCAAUCUACGACUUCAGGGGUUACCUGCCCUCGAAGAAGCAAUUUGCUGAAGAGUACGCCAUCUUCGGCGGCGGGUCGGAUGUAUGCGAGCACAACGCCGAAGUGGCGAGGAAGUAUGGGCACACAGAUCUUGUCGAUAUCUGGAAGUAUGCAGCGCUUCUGCUGAGGAAGGGUAUUCCCUUGGAGUUGCACGAGCAACGUAACCAAAACGAGUCGGUGCUGGUCAUCGCCAGAGACGCCGUGUCACGCUCUCAAGACGAGGGCGAGGAGACAGGGCUCUCCGCCGGGGCUGGCCACACCAGCCUCUCGGGCCGGGUCAAAUGGGGCCACCAUCCACUGGCACUGGAGUUCAUCAACGACCUUUUCGACUAUUUCGACAAGAUAGCAGACAUUCAGAUGCUGGCCAUGCUUUCAUGCAUAUUCGGCGACUCGUCCACUGAGGACAGCGUGGCUUACGCAGAAUCCCACCUGACCCAGCCGGAGACACCGCUACCCAUGAAAGCACCGUCGUUCUCGCUGGAGUACUUCCCGACAGAUCCCGCCUUAUGGAACAACAACUACAAGAGCCAAGCCAGCUCUGCCAUCACCACGCCCAGGACGGCACACACCCCAGCCAUGUACUCGGGCUCGCAGGGUUCGGAGGACAUCACUUGGCUGGGUGAGCCGACAUCGCACUCGUACUCGUGUGGAGAGACACCGCCGAAAUCGAUAAAGCAUCCCUUCCGCGACAUAGGCCAGGUGCACAGCUUAUCGAGCUCCCCCGAUAACCGCCUGUUCCGCAGGCAAAACCCGGCCAUUACGGCGGCCCUCACCGCGAGUCUGCCACGUGCUUUGGCAGGUAUGGUCUCCGGGUCGCCUCCGGAUCCGUCAUCAAGAAAACGGCCGAGCCCUGCCGAGACGGUAUUGAGCAACUUGGUGCCCAGCAACGUAACCUGGGGCGGCUCGACGGUCAUGGGGGCGACAAGCGAGCCCUCGGGGACGGCGAGGACGUCGACGUCUGACGACGACUAUCGGCGGGACGAAUUGAUAUCCAUGAUUCCCGUGGCCAUUUCUUGCGUCCCCGAGAACCAAGGUCUCUUCGACGACGACGGAUGGAUGUCAGCACCGCUCCUCGCGCCGAGCCGCCACCCCAUGUGCGCCAACUACCGCUACGCAUAUGCGGAAAUGCUGCAGAUGUGGGGCCAGCCACUUGCCCGCCUCGAGAUCAUGAAGUUCAACGUUCUCAAAGAAGACUUCGGUGGGGCCUCGAGCGCGUAUGGCGGAACGGCGGAUGGCAGCUACCACGAAUCCCACACGGGGCCGGAUGCGAACGGUCACACAACCCACGGCACCGGCACCACGUCGCCCGCGAUCCCCUUUGGCGGUCGCAAAGAACAGCUACAGGCACUCCUCGCCUCGGGCCGCGGCCUGGACGUCACGGGCAUCUGCCGCGUGCACGAAACCCAGCUCGACCCUCUCGAGUACUCGCGCUCGACAGACGGCCUCGUGGGCGGUGCCGUCGGCACCUGCCAGCGCUGCCACCGGGGGACGGUCCCGCAGACGCAGCUGCGCUGCGUCUACUGCACCGAGCCCAUCGACGCCCUCUACCCGGCCUGCCUGGGCUGCGGCUGCGCCAGCCACGAGGACUGCCUCGCGGAAUGGCACGCCGCCGGCGAGACGGGAUGCCCCGCCGGCGACGAGUGCGAGUGCGUCGACGAGGCCAGCAACGGCCACGUCGAAAGCUGGCCCGCCCUCCAGGCCGCCGUCUCCAUGGCGCGGAUGCGCACCGAGAAGCCCAGCUCCCUGGGCAGCACCCUCGGGCGGACCAGGCGGACGUCGGUGCCGGCGAGGUUGGGCCCGGGCGCGCACCUCGCGCUGCUCGGGGACGACAAGCACGACGACGGCCCGUCCCACGGCGGCGGCGGCGGCGGCCACGGGCGGGCUCGUUCCCAAUGGGCAGUCGGCGGCGGCGGCAGCAGGAGCGGCACGCCGCGCCGCGCGGGGAACGACGACGAGGAGGAGGGCGGCGACAGGGAGGACUGGGAGAGCGUGGGGUCCAGCCAGGGGAUCCCGUCGGUGGGCGCUGGGCUGGGGGGCAAGCCGGUGCCGCACGGGGACGAGCCCGUGUCGGCGGCGCGGCUCAGCCUCGGCCACCGGCUGAAGAAGUCCCUGGGCGAGUCGGCGAGGCCCGCGGCGCUGAGGAGGAAGUCCGGGGGCGUGGCGACGUGGAGGAGGACGGCGGGGCUGGGGUGAAGGCUGGGUGAGCUGUAUGUUAGGUGUGACUGACGAGAGAACUUGUCUCGCUGGCCUAGUAUAGGUACAAUACCUAGGUAGGCAUGCAUGAGGGUCGGGCACUGGGGCGGCGCUGUACACCUACUGUUUCUACACCAGGGUUUGAUUAUCUGCAUUGAAAGACGAGAGAUUUGACGUUUGGUUGAGCAGCUGAAACCAUGAAAAUGGUGAUUAUUCUGGUCAGCAAAGCGUCAAGGGGAACUAGGUCGACAACAGCCCGUAUCAUCGACUCCUCAGGGCCUGUGGCAGAAGUCAAAGAGCCCGCACAGGCAAGGUCAUGAUGCGUUUGAUUAAUUUGACUUUCCAAAAUUGCACUCGGCCUGCGGUACAUGCUUUAAAUCAGAUCAAACCACCCAAACCAAAAAAGGGGAGAGAACAAAAAAAAA